AUGUUAGGUUCAACUUUUCUGUUCUCACUAUGUCGUUCCAAGACAACCUUCCGCAAUUACGCGCCCGUCUACAAGAAGAAACAUAGCCGACUCGUCAAGUCGCAAAAUGUCGCUCAAUCCUCAAUCAAGUCACCUCUUCAAGGCCGGCAAGUGCCUGCUCCGUGCAUCCAAACAUUCAAGAUACACCUUCAUCUCAACGCCUCAAACUUCAAGCUCUCAAGCAAAUCUCAAGUGACAAGCUUCAAAGACCAUCUAUUUCAAGUCUUCAAAACUUCAACGCCUCAACCCCCCGAGUCUUCCAAAGUCGGGCCAGGCUCAAACAGCUCAAGACCUCAACGUUCAAUGAUUCAACCAUCCGCGGUUUCUCAUUUUGGGGCAUCGGGCAAUCAGAGAGAUCGGUUACAGCAGCUGUAUCUCGAUGCAUCCGCUACUUUCAAUGUGUUCGUGUCUGCUUGA